AUGUCCAUCGAAGAAAUAAAGCGUGAUCUAUUUUCUGCCCCUGAGGAUCAUGCUUUGGCUCACUGUGUUGCCAGGGAUUUACGAAUGGCAAAAGGCAUUGCGGCUAAAUUCAGGAGUAAAUUCAAGAGAAUUGAAGAGCUUAAGUCCCAGAAUGUAGGUGUUGGUGGUUGUGCCGCACUGAAGGUUGACAGUCAGUAUAUUUUUUACUUAGUAACAAAAGAGUUAAGUUACAAGAAGCCAACUUACCAAACUCUCCAAAACUCACUCGACAAUCUAAAGGCAAAAUGCAUCGAAUAUAAGAUCUGCAAGUUAGCUAUGCCUCGUAUCGGUUGUGGGCUGGAUGGACUUCAUUGGGGAAGAGUUAAGGAGAUGGUAACCAAAACGUUUAAUAACCUAGACAUAAGGAUCGGCAUUUAUGAAUUCAAUGAGGAAGGUUUGACUGAGUGGGAGAUGGGUAAACCUAACUUCCAGACCUCAAAGUUACCGACAGUUCCAUCUACAAUAACCAAGAGUCAAACCCAGGUGAAUCAUCAGAAGACUCGAGUUAACAAACAUUCAAAGGAUGAUCCCAUCGAGAGACAACCUAGACAGGCCAAAGAGGCAGAUCUACCAACUGAUGUGAUCGGGACUCGGGAUGUUGCUUCUCCGACGUCCAGUGCACCUGGUCAAGACACACAACCUACAACUCCUGACAUCUCACUCCACAAUGACCUCAACACAACAAAUGAAAAAAGAACCUGA